AUGAUCUCACAGCUGGGUCGGAUCUGGAUAAUUGGUGGUGGAGUAGUGCUGGCGUUGGUGGCUCUUACAGUGGCAUCACCAGCUACCACCGAAAGUGCUCUCAAUCCAAAUGCCAAUUGUAAUUAUACCCUUAUCAAGUCCAAAACCUUGGGUGUGGAUCCCUCCUUUUGGAAGAAGUUCUUCAAACACUGGAUACCCUUCACCAGCAGUGCCCGAAGUAGAAUGCAAUUUAUUCUUUUCAAGAAAGACUUUGCAGAUUGCGGAAAAGAAUUGUUCCUCGGCGAUGUGGAAAGUCUCAAGAACUCCGGAUUCGAUGCACGUCAUCCGACAAGAAUUGUAAUUCAUGGAUGGAUGAGUCAGAGCAAAGGAUCUCAUAUCCGUAAAGUUAAAAACGCCUAUCUGAGUCUUACCCAGCCAGGAAUUAAUGGCGAACCUGCCCGUUACGAGGAUUUCAAUGUAAUUGUCUGCGAUUGGAGCCGCAUUUCCACGAAUGUCAAUUACUACGAAGUGGCCAAAACGGUGGAGGAUCUGGGAGCUUUACUUGCGGAUCUAGUCCGUUUCUUGCACCUAGAAGCAAAUCUUCACUACGAUGAUGUCUACGUUAUUGGUCACUCUUUGGGCGCCCAGAUUGCUGGCAGUGCCGGCAAGCAAAUUCUACCAUAUCGCUUCAAUACCAUCUAUGCUUUAGACCCCGCGGGUCCCAAGUUCCGGGAUCAAACCGAUGAAUAUCGGAUAGACGCCAGCGAUGCUACCUAUGUGGAGUCCAUUCAGACAAGUGUCAGUUUCGGCUUUGAACAGCCCGUGGGGCAUGCCACUUUCUAUCCAAAUUAUGGAAAAAAUCAGAAAAAGUGUUAUGUGUAUGGUUGUUCGCACAAGAGAUCGCAUGAUUACUUCAUAGAGACUCUGACGAGUCCUGCAGGAUUUUGGGGUCCUCGCUGUGAACGUUUUGAUAAUGGAACUUGGAUUCUUCUGCUCAGCGAUGGAGAAUUCCGAAUGGGCGGAGAGCCUUCCAUCCCAAAGAAUGGUACUUUCUACAUAAAGACCUAUGCCAAGCCGCCAUAUGCUAUGGGUCAUAGGUGGAUGACGGAGCCGGCUCCAAAGGAAGACGAGGAAGAGAACUCUACAGAGGACCGAAAACUAACAAUAUCUUAGAUAAAUGUUUAAUGUUAAAUGUUAAAUAUUUAAUUUAUGAUUUUUUGUAAAGUGUAAAUAAAGUGAUUAGUGUCAUAC